AUGUACGGCUCGGCUGCUUGUCACUCGCUCGACCCCAUGGCGACAGCGCCACCGUCGAAGCCGCAAUACCACCAAAUAACGCCGUCCCCGGCCCCGCGCCUUGGCUCGCCCGCCCACCCGUUCCUCCCCCAGAGCGCCCUUCAUUUCCAAAGCGCGCUGCUCCCGCAGAACGCGCUACUCUCGCGCUUCUCCCCCGCGCCCCCGCCGCCCGCCAGCCCGCAGCCGUUCCACGCGCAGUUAGGCUCGACUCAGCGGUCGCCGCAGCUGUCCCACUCCGCGCUCGGCUCUGCGCAACAAUCGCCGCAGCUCUUCUGCGCUGCUUCCGCAUCGGCUCCGCAAUCACCGCAGCCGUUUCUCGUGGCGGGGCGCGUCCAGCAGGCCCUUCAGGAGAUGAUUGGCGGUGACAGCCCAGCCGUCACUCCGCAACUUGCGCCGCAGGGUGCGCCGACCGCAGGCCUCGCGGGGGCCAUGACUCCGGUGCUGCUGCCCGCUUCCGCCAUCGGCGGAAACACAGGCGCAGCUGCUGGCGGGCGGUUGGGCGUAAGGAGGAGCCCGAAAAAGCCGCGGGGGGAGGAGCAGGCGGAGGCGCAAGGGCAGCGGAAGCGCAAGGCGAAGGCGCCGGGAAGCCAGCCACCGCCUCCCCCAACAGCGGCGGAUGGCUCCCCCGUGCCCGCGUACCGUGGGGUGCGCUACCGGCCGUGGGGGAGAUGGGCGGCGGAAAUCCGGGAUGCUGGGGGAAAGGGGCGCGUGUGGCUGGGAACGUUUGACUCUCCGGAAGCGGCGGCGCGCGCGUACGACGCGGCUGCGCGGGAGAUUCGAGGCGCCAAAGCGCUGCUGAAUUUUCCUGAUGACGUGGACGAACCGAAACCGGACACGUGUCAGGCCGCGGAGGCUGGGGAAGCGGAGGCGGGAGCGGAGGCGGAAGGAGAGGCGGGAGGCGAGAUGGAAGGGGAGGCGGAGGAUGAGUCGAUAGCGGAGAGGGAGGAGGAGGAGAAGGCUGGGAGCGGCGGAGAGGAGGGUGACGGCGAGGGGGAGGCGGAAGGAGCGAGGGCGCUGAAGCGACUGAAGAGGAGCCAGGAAGCAGCGGAGCAAGAGGCAGCGCAGCACACAGCGCAGCGCUCAACGCAACCCACAGCACAGCCCAAAGCUCAAGACAGACCGCACGAGCUCAAUGGCGGGCGAGCCGCUGUCGACUUGCUGUGCUGCGAGCCGCCGCUUGUGCCGGCGGAACCACGCGCUGCGACGUCAGCACUGCCGGCUACGCCAGCUGAGUCAGCUGUAGCGGCCGCAACCGACGGUUCAGAUGCCGCUAAAGCUGCUACAUCAACGGCCACGAUUGGAAAUCAUACGGUUACAGCUAUACGCGCGGAGGAGCGGGUCCCAGGGAUCGCAGCUCUGCCCACCACCCCUGCUGCUGCUACAGCUGCUACAGCUGGCGCUACAGCCGCAGGGGUUGUGGCCAGUGCACUCCCAGCCGCUGAUGACGAUGCUUUUGAUGCUGUUGCUGCUUUCCUCGGCCCCGAUGUCUCCCCUCCACCUCCUCCUCCCGUCGCCUUUUCCACCUUUCAGCACGACACCCUUGCUGCUGCUGCUGCCGGUGGUGCUGCCCGCAUGGGUGCUGCUCCGUAUGGUGCUGCUUUCAGUGGUGCCGGCAGCAGGAGCAUCACUGCCAGCAGGAGCAGGAGCAGGAGCAUGAGCAUGAGCAUGAGUAGUGCGGUGAGCUGGAUUGCUGCUGAGCUGGAGAGUGCUUUGGAUAUGCAGGAGACGGUGGGGGAUCUGUGGGGAGAGGAGGGGGUGGAUGACAGCACAGGCAUCUGGAGCAGCAGUGUGGGAGGGGUGGCAGGCGAGGGAGGAGAGGGAGGAGGGGAAGGGAGCUUGGGUUGCUUUCUUUUACACCAAACGGUUUUCACCGCCGUCAUGGUUCAUCCCUCUGCUGGGUAG